ACUCGCCUCGAUCUAAAAUGACCUAGACAAGUGCGUGAUGCAGCAUACACUCCGUGAAAUAGCCUCUUGAUCGAAAGCAUAUUAUGUAUCAACGCUGCUUAAAAGCGAGGUUACCUUCUAUUUGGAUUUUACACGAGAAAAGUCGAUGGCAUAAUAUUUUACAGGAAAAUCGUGUUCAAGACACUAAGAGGUUCCUGACAAAAUGUCAACAAAGGACCACCUUAAUUUUAAGUCACCGAACCAUGCGGAAGACCUACUGAAAAAACUCCAGGAGUUGUGGCGCAAUGGAAGGUUCUGUGAUGUACAGCUGGCUGUCCAGGAGAAGCAGUUUAGUGCACACAGGAAUGUGUUGUCUGCCUGCAGUCCAUAUUUCCAGGCCAUGUUUGCUGGGGGGCUGGCUGAGGAAGGGAUGGCCAAAGUAGAGCUGCAUGAAGUGGAUUUGGAGAUUUUCUCUAUUUUGUUAGAUUUUAUGUAUACUGGUGAGGUAGAUGUGAGGAAUGAUAACUGUCAAGAUUUGCUGGCAGCAGCAGAUAUGUUUGGCUUGCCUGAGGUCAUGACUGCAUGCUGUGAAUUUAUGAAACAGCAAAUUCAUCCAUCAAACUGUUUAGGUAUUUAUGACUUUGCUGAUGCACAUGCUUGCCAGGAUUUGAAGAAAUACACUGAAAAAUAUAUUCACAAACAUUUUCUGGAUGUAGUGAAAGAAGAAGAAUUUUUCUUGCUUCCAAAAGAAACAGUAAUCAAAAUCUUCCAGAGUGAGGAACUCCGCAUAGAAAAUGAGUUUCAGGUCUUCUCUGCUGCAAUGGACUGGAUCAAUCAUGAUAUCAAGGCAAGGAGACCAAGUGUGUUUGAUGUGCUAAACCCAGUGCGUUUGUCCAUUAUUUCACCAGCACAACUAGAGAAACACAUCAUCAUGUGUGAAGAUCUGAGUCUAAAAGUUGCUCUGAGAAAAAUCAUCCAAGACAUAAAAACUGAUAGAGAUAUAACCUCUUUUGGUUUAAAACCCCAUAAGUUGAAUUAUUACCAAAAACAUCAUGUGCAGCCUCGGAGGUGUGCUAGAAAGAUGAUAUAUGUGAUUGGUGGCUUCAGUCGCCUUCCGGGGGGAAGAUGGAGUGACAGUCAAACCCUUAACACUGUAGAAUGUUUUGAUUCAUUCAGACAACAGUGGAAAACAGUACCUUCCAUAAAAUUUUGCAGAAGCGGCCAUGGGGUCACUGUCUUGGAUGGCAAUAUUUAUGUGAUAGGUGGAGAAAGUGACUCCUUGAUUUUUGACACAGCUGAACACCUUGAUCCAGUGAGCAAUCAUUGGUCCAUGCUGCCCAGUAUGACGGUACCAAGGUGUGGGCUGGGGGUGUGUACAGUGGAUGACUUUAUAUAUGCCCUUGGUGGUUGGGUUGGCUCUGAAAUAGGAGACACCAUAGAGUGCUACAAUCCCACACUCAAUGUGUGGAGCAAAGUUGGAAAACUGGUGACUCUUAGAUUUGCCAUGGGAGUUGUGGAGCAUGAAGGUAAGCAUAUAUAUGUGCUGCUGGACUUCCUGUGUCUCACAGAGUUCACAGUGGUCUUUGAGAUCCUUCAGCCCUCGCGCCAACACGUGGAAGACCUGUCUUACUUAAAAAGGUCCAAGCUUCAGUUUAUUGCCUGGACAAGCUGCAAUCUGGAGGCCACAGAAGACAAACAGCUUUGUAGCAUGCCCCCAGAUAUAGCAAUACAGAUUGCAGAGGCACUGGGACUUCCUUCUGUUGACUACACUGUCAUUCCUGCUUCUGACGUAGAUAAUAGAAUGUUACAAGUGCGUCAGGGUUAUGGCUAUGAAGGAGAGGUAUUUUAUUUUCUGGACUCCACCAGAUCUGUGAUGGGAUUGCUGAAGAAGAAAACUAUAUGGUACAUUGUGUGUAGAGCCAUUAGGGAGAAGAGUCGGAGUACCUGCCAACAGAAUAACAAAUCUCCCAGUACUUUCUCUUUAUCCAAGGCUCUGAAUAAGACAGAAAGGAGGAUAGAUGAAAUUCAAAAAUGGUUGAACUUAGAUAACGGAAGUGUGAAGUUAUGGAAGGACCUAGGAACCAAAUUUGUGAGAUGGUGUGUAGGAGGUGUUGACAGAGGAAAUAUAACAGUGGCAGACGUUGCAGAUUUAUUUCCUGUACUAUGGAAAAGAUAUUUAGAAGAAUCCCAUUUAACAGAUAAAGUGCAUUCUUCAUGGACAGAACUAUCAGCAUCAGACACUUGACACACGUAGACCCAUUUAGUGGAAAGAGACCCCCCUCCCACAUACCUCAACACCCCCACCCCUGCCAUCUACCUCCCCAAACCCCAGGGAUGGCAAGUGCCUAGAGCCCCCAGAGGAUGCAGAGACCCCAGGAAGGAGGAUGACAUGUCCACGGGGGACAACCUUUACUGUGAUACUGAAACACUGAUCUAACCGCCAAGUCCAACACUGGACGGUUGAAACUUUCAUGUACAACAACCUGUGAAGAACUUCUGUCUGACCUGUUUACUUGUAAUAUUUUACCUGUAAUUUUUUAUUUGUAAUAUGUUACAUGUCAUAACAGCAGCAACAGGGAACCCUACACAGGUCAACAUAUUACAUAUUUAUUAUAGAAUGUUAUUGCAGAUAAAAGACAUAAUUCUUUUUUUUACUUUUUCUGAAAGACAUGGUUUUAUUGUAUAAUGUAUUUUUCAAUAAAAAGAUUAAACUUCCUAUGUAUAUGCAGACGACCUGCACUUGUCGUAAAAAAAAAUCUUUAGAUUUUGAAUUCACACAUAAAUUCAAAAUUGCCAAGUCAUCUUUAAUUGUCGACUUUUCCCCUAGUUCCAUUACAAAAGAAAAAAAAAAAACUAUCCGGUACUAAAGCAAAUUGUGAUUGUCAGCAUUCACGGCACGUGGUAUAUGACGUCUAUAUGUCACAUGACCAUGGGUCCGCCCACCUGUCAGUUCAUAUCGCAUCAAAAAUAUUGGUCCUGUCCUAUUUACUAUCCUCAGCUGGUAUAAUUAAAAUAAUUGGGCUUCUUGAAAAUAUAAUGAAUAUUGUAUUCAGUCACAAAACAAGUGAACUGGAUCGACCAAGUUAUCUCACACUCGCAUUUUAAGUCAGGUUGUAAUG